ACACACACACACACUGAUGCUGAGUCAUUAAGCAGUUUAAUAAAAAGAAUUUGAUUUAUUGCAGAGUAUAAAUAUUGUUUUAAUCCAGUAUUUCAUUCUUUUUAGGGAGCCCAUCUCCAGUAACCCAUGAGAUAGUAACUGUUGGAGAUCCUCUGCUGUUAUCUUCUGGCCUUCGCACCAUUGGCUCACGGAGACACAGCACAUUCUCAUCAACCCAGCAACAGAAAUCCACUCUUUCCUUGCCUGUCCGGGUUAAUUCCCCCAAUCUUAGUUUGCCCACAAUAAGCACCUUAAAGACUUCCACUGAGAAAAGUGUCAGCAAUACUGAGAACUUAAAUUCAGGAACUGCAACAGUGGCAGCUAAAAACAAUCACACUUCUAGCAAUGGGCAUAGAACCAUGGGAUUCAAAAUGGAAAAGCAGGCAGAGCUUAAACGUACAGGAGUUUUUGAAAACGUUGCAAAAAUCACCACUCCAAAGACAGACAAGUCAAAAGUAUCUACUCCACGAAAUUCAGACCCUUCUGUUCACCAACUGAGCCCUAAAAUUCCCUCUAAGCCACAAGGAAUGUCUACUCCUGAGUCCAGCACAAGCAGGGCAGGCGUUUUGAAAGACAGUGGUAUUCUGCUUAAUUCUAAAGUUGUGCCUAGUACACAAUAUCAGAGAGUAACAAGGAGGGAUAAGGAUCAAAGAGAACUGACAGUGGUGGAGAAAUGCAUCUCUUUGGGGGAAGAGAAUGAUUCUAAAGCUCAGUCACACAGUCUUGGAUACUCAUCAACCAAAGAUAGGAUGGCAAAAGUAAAGAAUCAGCCACUGGAAAACUCAAAAGAAAAGCAUUCCAAUAACUCUAUUUCUGACCACGAGCAAGCAAUAGAAGAUAUUCAGCGGCAGCCAGACACAAAUGGAAAUCACACUGCAUCUGAUGCUUCCAGAUUUAAACCAAAUGCACACAGCAAACCAGCAGAUAAGUCUGUACGCAGUACAGGUAGCUCACAAACAGAAAAACAAGACUCCUUAGUGGGUGUAGGGAAAGUGAUGCUAACAACUAUGAAACCCGAUGGAACUCCUGAUAAAGAAACAGAACCCCCAGGUCUGGUAUCUCCGAUGCUGAUUGCAGAGUCACAAGAUUUUACAAAGCCCCCUGAUGAUUCAGAUAGGGCAGGAGCGGUAACAACAAACCAUAAAAGCCCUAUUGCUGACUCAGAACCACAAACAGGUAAUGCUUACCCUUCACAGGACUCCAAUCUCCUACUUCAAGAUGGGAGCAAAUCUCAAGAAGACAGUUCCUAUAAACGUCGCUACCCAAGAAGGAGUGCUAGGGCAAGGUCUAAUAUGUUUUUUGGACUUACACCUCUAUAUGGUGUACGUUCUUAUGGUGAAGAAGACUUACCAUUUUGCAGCAGCACACCGGGGAAGAAGCGUGCAAAGAGGUCAGCAGAGGGACAAGUGGAUGGCGCAGAUGACUUAAGCACAUCAGAUGAAGAUGAGCUAUAUUAUUAUAACUUUACUCGGACUGUGGUUUCCAACACUGUAGAUGAAAGACUUGGGGCACGUGCUUUGUUUAGAGAAGAUGAUCAACGCAACCUACAUAAAAUACCACAGCUUGAUGGAGUAGAUGAUGGAACAGAGAAUGACUCAAGCAUAACUGUUAAUACAGGAAAGUCAAAUCAAGCAGAUAAGCGAAAUGUAAAGGAAAAGAGUGCAGAAAAAUUGGAUGUGUCAGAGGAACAAGCUGAAAAAGGUCAGACUGGCAAAGGCCACAAGCCCACAGAUUCCAAAAUGGAUAAUUGUCACCCUGUAAAGCAAGAUUCUCUUGAGCUGAACCUGGACACACCACGCAGAAGCCAUGGCGGAACAGAUAAAAACUUGCUAGACACCUUCAAUGCAGAGCUCCUCAAAUCUGAUUCAGAUAACAACAAUAGUGAUGAUUGUGGAAAUAUUCUUCCAAUUGAUAUAAUGGAUUUUGUGCUGAAAAACACACCAUCCAUGCAAACUUUGGUAGAAAGUCCAGAGUCAUCAUCUUCUGAGCUGCUUACAUUAGGAGAGGGCCUGGGCCUGGAAACUAACCGUGGAAAGGAUAUGGCUUUGUUUGAAGUGUUCUCCCAACAGCUUCCAACUUCGGAACCUGGUGAUGGCCCAGUGCCCUCUACAAUGUCAGCAGAAGAGCAAUUUGAGCUGCCGAUAGAGUUACCCUCAGACCUCUCUGUUUUGACAACUCGCAGUCCAGCUCUCCCCAACCAGAACCAUGCGAGACUGGGAGUAAUCUCUGAAUCUCAGCUACCCUCCUCAGGUGAACAGACUUUAUUAUCACUCCCUUCUUCAGACACAGGAGAGAAGAGGGCCACAGAGAAGAAUGUAACGUCAAAUGAUGGCAAACAGGCACUCCUCAAUCAGACUGUCGACCGAACUCCAGAAGGGCAUAUAACGCCAGACAGGUUUAUCCCUGGGCAUAUAGAUCCAGAGCAUAUAUCAAGUCCAUCAUGUUCCCAGGUUGAAAAUGCGGGAAGUCAGGAGCUGAGUCAGAAUAGUGGUACGCCAAAUAUGCAGGUGCCAGUGUCACCUUCUGUACCAUUACAGAACCAAAAAUAUAUUCCCAAUUCAUCAGAAAGCCCAGGUUCAUCUCAAAUAACCAGUACCAGUAUACAGGGCACACCUCCCCACCUUAAAACAGCAACUGAAAAAUUGGUUGUGGUUAAUCAGAAUAUGCAGCCUCUCUAUGUUCUUCAAACUCUGCCUAAUGGCGUUACCCAGAAAAUACAACUUGCUCCUUCUGUACCACAAGGCACCAGCCAAAUGGAAGGAGAUGUUCCAGUGGUGGGUCCCAUGGGAGGUGGGAUCACCUUGACCACUGCCCUUAAUCCUGCCCUAACUUCUCCCUUUUCCCCUGCUAGCAAAGGUCUUCUCCCAAUGUCACACCAUACACAUUUGCAACCUUUUCCCACUGGGCCACAGACUGCAUUUAUUCCUAGUCUUUCCAACCAGCCAUCUGGUCUCCUCAUUGGGGUACAACCAUCUUCUGACCCGCAGCUCAUUGUAUCAGAUGCAGGGCAAAGGGCUGAGUUGGGCAGCACCUCUAAUUCUCCUGCUCCUAUCAUGAGCAAGAAACGGCAGAUUUCACGUUUAAACUCCCGGAAAAACAAAAAGCUGGUGCCUUCUGUGGCCCCAGUCAAUAGGCAUGGCCCUGAUGUAGUCUCCAAUAUGACACUUAUUAACUUUUCUCCAUCCCAGUUGAGUGGACUGCCUAACCACCCAGGGCUGAUAGAUUUAGGUACCCUUGGAAAUACUACUCCACAUCGUAGCAUUCCUAAUAUCAUCAAACGCUCCAAAUCUGGACUAAUGUAUAUUGAUCAAACUCCUCUUCUCCCACAGGGUAUUAGUGGCUCUGUAAGUAGUGGACCUAGCGUUAUUGGUCUAGACACAAGUCACCUGACUAGUCACGUUCCUGGGCUUACAACAGGCUCCCCUGUCCUAAAUGUGGUGUCCAUGCAGACAGCACCAUCUGCUCCUCCAGUAACAGGCCAUGUAACCUUGACUAACCAAGGCAUUCUGAGCCCCCCUGAACUUGGCUCAAUAAGCAAUUUUCUUAUUAAGACCAGUACACAAGGCCUUGGCAUUCAAGAUAAUAGUGAUGCUCUCUCAACUUCCCCAAGCAUGUUCCCGCAGAGAUCUGCAGCCAGCAUGGGAACCACUUCAAGCAUUUGUGUGGUGCCUAACACACAGUCACUUGCCAAGCCGAUAAAUGAACCAGACUGUUCCUAUACAAUGCCUUAUCACACAAGCCGAGUCCUGACUAGCAGGUCAGGGAUAAAACGUGACACAUCUGAUGACCCUCACGUCAGAACAUCCACUCUCCACUCACCAUCUUCUGAAUCUGAGAGCAAAGUCACCAAAGCCACUUUUACCUUAUCUCCAGGACUGCAGACAGCAAGAAGCCCUACCACAGCCUCACAGAAAACAAAGAGCAAAAUCAAGAGACAGGCCCAGUCUGCUGAUAAAACCAGCAGGAAAAAGCACAAGGCCUCACACCCCUCCCAAACAACAAACCGCACACAAGUAGCAGAGAGGGAGGAAAAAACACCAGUGUCCAUCCUUAGUGGGAGCCAAAAGCCCAAAAUAGACAUUAACCCUGUUAAGAAUGUGGCCCAAGAAGAACCAGUGGAGUCUAAACUUCCUACAGGACAUUUGCCAGUCAUUCCAGAAUCAUAUUCUCCCACAGAAGAGCCAAAUCCUCCAGAAGCAAAGCAAGAGGACCCAAAGCAGGCAGGAGAGGAAGAGCCAGGCUUCAGUUCUCCAUUAAUGCGGUGGUUGCAGCAAGAGCAGAGCCGUCAGAAUUCUCCGCUAGAGACUAAACCUAGGACAGGUCUUCUGUUUGAGAUCUCCAGUGAUGAUGGUUUUCAGAUUUCAGCUCACACCAUAGAAGAGGCCUGGAAAUCUCUAACAGACAAAGUUCAGGAGGCAAGAUCUAAUGCCAGACUGAAACAGCUCUCGUUUACAGGUGUGAAUGGGCUAAGGAUGUUGGGAAUUGUUCAUGAUGCCAUUGUCUUCCUGAUUGAGCAGUUAUAUGGAGCCAACAGGUGCCGUAACUACAAGUUUCGUUUCCACCGUCCAGCUGGGGAGGAGGAGCCCCCUCUUAAUCCACAUGGGUCAGCACGAGCAGAGGUAAACCUCAGGAAAUCCGCAUUUGACAUGUUUAACUUCUUAGCCUCAAAACACCGCCAGCCACCGGAGUACAAACCAAACGAAGAAGAGGAGGAGGAAAUACAGCUCAAAUCUGCCCGGAGGGCAACUAGCAUGGACCUUCCCAUGCCAAUGAGAUUCCGACAUCUUAAGAAGACGUCCAAAGAGGCUGUAGGUGUUUACAGGUCUCCAAUACACGGCCGAGGUCUCUUUUGCAAGAGAAACAUUGACGCAGGAGAGAUGGUGAUUGAAUACUCAGGAAAUGUUAUCCGUUCCACCUUGACUGACAAGAGAGAGAAAUACUACGAAGGAAAGGGCAUCGGAUGCUACAUGUUCCGCAUUGAUGAGACUGAGGUGGUGGAUGCUACAAUGCACGGAAAUGCAGCUCGCUUCAUCAACCACUCUUGUGAACCCAACUGCUACUCACGGGUCAUUCCUAUUGAUGGACAGAAACACAUUGUAAUCUUUGCCAUGCGCAAGAUCUACCGUGGUGAGGAACUAACUUAUGACUACAAGUUUCCUAUUGAGGAUGCCAGCAACAAACUGGCUUGCAACUGCGGGACCAAGAAAUGCCGCAAAUUUCUCAACUGACCAUUACUACCCAGCCACCCAGAGAACACUGACCAAGCUGGCUUAAAAAACCCUCAAGAAACACAUGAAACUGUCACUGAAUCCACUUCAGGCAGAACACUAAUAUGCCAAAUCCACUCCAGAGAUACCGAGUGUCAAACCUACUUCAAAUACAAAUGAAUAAUCAGUUGUUAAACCCAUUCCUAUAAACAGGGGGCAUGGACCCUAAGAUGCAGGGAACCAGAUUACAAAGCCAAUGAUGCAUUGGUCUGCCUGGUGCUGAUUUUACUCCAACCACACAGGGAGCACCUAUACUCUAACAUGGGGCUUGUUCCUCCUUAAAGCAACUACCCAACUUGUCUUGGUAACAUCCUCAAUGGUAGUAUUAUAAUACAGUAUGAAAUAAAUAAUGUUUUGCUGUCAGUGACAAUGUGGGGUAUAUGGUAUUGAGAGGUUUUAUCUGUUUUCACCAGCCUCUCUCUCUGUUGUGGAAUUACUAACCCACAUUACAACUUUCCUAAUAUUUUAGACCUCUUCCCAUCCCUUUAUUAAGGGUUAAUAAAAAUGCACUGACUGAUUCUCAUGGAUGUACAAGCAAAUAUAUAUAACACUGUGCUGCAUGAUACUGAGCUUCUAUACAAUAUUAAUAAUAGAAACAUUGCUCUGUGUAUCCCUACACUGAUCAUGAACAGGCACUGAAUAAUGGUACCUACUUUGUUGUCUUCAAUCAUUGAAGAGGUAGACUUCAUUUACAAUUAAAAUUGUGUUGUAAUAUUUAUUUUACUAAUAUGCUUAACACUGUUUGGCACUGUGGGCAUUUGAAAUUGGCUAGCUGCAAGAAUCAAAAUGUGAAAUUAUCCCUUGAAAUACUGCUGUUGAAGGCUAAUAUGUUUCCCUUUACAUUCUAGUGCGAAUAAUGUAUACAAAUUCUAUGCCCUGCACAACAUUAAGGAGUAUAGGGAACUUUCUUUAAGGUGGUGACAGAGUAGCUACUUGGUCUUCACUGUGUGGUCUCUAUAAAAAUCAAGCAUGGUUGUACCAAGGCUCUUGCAUACCCUUUUGAUGUCUCAGACUAUGCACUGCUCUGAACUAGAGAGGUAUGAGAUUAGACAGUCAAAACUGAGGAUGAACUAGUAUGCAGGAAAGUAUGUUACAUCCAACCACCAUAAAAAAAAAUAAUACCUGUGACAGCAUCUGAUGACAACCUAAAUAAUGUAGCAAGACACGUUGCAGAAUUGACUGUCAUCUUUGGAAGUUACAGCAAUCUGGAAUUGGAUUGUUACCAGACUCGGUUUGCCAAUAGAAGCCUACUGCUCUAUUAAAUGAAGAUAGUGAAUUAUGGGGCCAUAGUUGUGUAUAAGAGCUAUACAGUAUAUAACUAGGGUGGUCAACAAAGUCCCUAUCACAACUCCAUGGUCUGCAAGAGAGGAACAGCACCUGAUGGUAACAUCCAAUCAUAUCAUCUAAUCCAAGAAAAGUAUUUUGAUUGGCUGUCAUAUCACUUGUGGUUUUUUUAGUGUUUAAAUGUGUUUAUGGGUAGACAGAAAAAAAAGUGGUGUUGGCUGGGAAUGAUAACUAGAGGGAAAUAUUGGCCUCUCCCAGUUGCACGAAAAUAUAUUUAUUUAAUAUUUAAUGACAAGUGUGAAAUCAUGCAAUACAGGAGCAGGGAGAUGUCACUACCCAGCACUGCAGUGCUCUUUCCAUUUUCAUAUAUCCCCUAAAAUAUUUCUCCAUGUAUAAGCAUCUCCCUUGUUCCGUUUACAUCUUAUGUUAUUAUUUUGGUAGUAUUUAAAAGGUUUUUUACAAAAUGUAUAUAGUCUCUAUAUUUUUCUAUUGGAAGCACUUAAGACAGUUAAGGAAGCACUUAAAAUGGGGAGGGAUGCAGGGUCCAAACAAGGUUUGGAUCUUAGGUGUUUAUUUUUUUAAAAGGAAAUAUUUUUUUUUUUUAAUAAAUGUGAAGUUUCCUUUAUCAUAGGCUGCUGCAAAGGACAUUUUCAUUUAGUAAAAUUGUAAAUCUUUUGUACAUUUCUUCCUCUCCACUUGAGCAUGUAGAUUAUUAUUUAGAACAGACUUGGAAGAAGUCCGUAACUAAGUAUAAGUGACUUGUUUCAUGUCUCAUGAGGAUGCAGACACCAAGCAGAGAAUCAGGAUCUUUUAGUAUUUAUCUAUUUAUUAAAAAUGCUUAUUUUCCUACUGACUACCCUGUGAGACGUGAAGGCACCAGUUAAUCAGGCCAGUUCUUAGGAAAUGCUGGGUUUAGGAUUAAUAUGGGGAAGUCAAGCACUGUUGGAUACUACAUUAAGACUUCAGAUGACAGAGAUCGAUGGGAAGCUGGUCCUGUAUACAAUAAACAAUAUAUAUAAUAAACAUAGAUAGUUUAGGAGCUCCUCUUUCAUACAGUCCUGCAGCAGAAGGGUUGUUACUUUAUAUGCAACAUACUCGUACGUCUACUGUUAUGACAGUGAACCCCACAUCAUCCAACACUUUUACUGGAUUGUAUUAUCCAAUGGAGAGAAAAGGGGGUUGGGGACAGACAACACUGAACCUCAUUCUUCUGGAUGGUCUUCCUUGUGGAUUUUAUCUUCCUUUAUUUUCCUUUCUUGUACUGUGAUGGCGGGGAGGAGAAGAAUACUCUUCGCCCCCUAUAUUUUCUGAACACUCAAUGUAUCUUAUUUAUAAUCUGCACAAAUAACAAAGGUUUUUUCCUAAAUGCCAAGUAAAUCAAUGUGAAGACAGCUUGCUUUAUCAUUAGAAACUCAAGCGUUUAAUCAUGUAGUUAUGCCCAUUGCAUACUUCUUUAUUGUUGUGUUUAACAAACAAACAUUGUCUUAUUUGUUAUGAUGCUACUCAGCCAAACAUUUGCAUGCAUUACUUAAUCAUUUUACUAGGCUUAAAUCCAGUGACAUAAAGAAUAAACAUACUUUCCUAAAUUGAUUUUGAAAAGCUUAAAUGGAUAUAAAACCCCCAAAAAAUAUUUUGUGAUUCAGACAGAACAUCCCGUUAACAAUUUACUUCUAUAGUCAAAUGCGCUUCAUUUUUAUGAUAUUCUGUGUUGAAGAGAUACCUAGGUAGGCAUCUGGAGCACUACAUGGCAGGAAAUAGUGCUGCCCUCUACUGCUCUUGCAAAUGUAUAACAUUCUUUCAAAUCUUUUCAACAAAAGAUACCAAAAAAAUAAAGAAAAUUUGAUCAUAGAAGUAAAUUAGAAAGUUGUUUAAAAUGGAAUCAUUAAGAACAAUUUUUAGUUUCAUAUCAGACGGAUAUACAAUUUAUGACUCUUUUUCAUAUGCCUUUAACAAAAUGUUUGAAUUAGUACCACUAACUUGUGCACUAGGUUUCAAUGCUAGAUUAGUACAUUAAAGAGAUGUAAACAAAGCAGAAUCAUUGUGAAGCAAACUAACAUAAAGGACUAGUGAUAAAUACUUUCACUAAGUCAUAGGCCCAGAAUAUGGGUAUUCUUUUAUCUAUAUCACCUCACAGGGUUUAUUCUAUCCCAUAAUCUCAUGGCUUUGUGGCACUCUACAAGAUCAUCUAAAAUCUACAUUUCCUUCCACUGAGAAUUAUUUUUUAAUCAUCACUCUCACACCAGAUUCCAGCCAUUCUGACAAAGUGGAUCUCCACUGAGACAAAGUAUUGCUUUUUACACUGGAUUCCUUUCCUGCUGACAUGGAAGAUCCCCACCAGAGUAGACAUCACUUGUACAUAACUCUUAAAACAGAUGCUAUUCUGACACCAGAUCAUAGCUCAACUAUUUAGAUAUUGCUGUCACUCGAGGUUGCAUUUUUUGUGACAAGUCAGAUCUGUCCUUUAGCCAUUGCCCUUAUGCUAUUUUCUGGCAAUGGGGCAUUGCCACCCAGAUCAUGCCGCAACCGCUAAUCCAGCACCAAAUCCCAGUCCAUCUGAUAAAGCAGAUCUCCAUUAGACUACCUCUCACCUGGUAAUUCAGGUAAUCCAGAUCUCCAUCAAGUGCAUAUCUCAUUUGUGUAGCCUGCCACUUAAUCAGAUUAGUUUGACAGGUCAGAUGCCCCACCGAGCAUUUCAUUUUGCUAAACUACGCAUGGCCUGAAUCAGGUUUUUUUUAGUUUGUUUUUAUGGUCUUUGAAUAGGUUAUUGCUUUGUCGCUUGCAGAACUCAUUUUAUCCUUUAAACUUGGGGUGUCCAUAAUGAGACCAGGGUCUGUAGUGCUGCAAUCUGCCUUCUUUUUGGGCACACAUGCUUUACGCUUGUACAACCCCAUAUGUUAGACAUGCUCUGUCUGCCAUUAUUCAUGUCUCAGGCAAAGCCUGUAUUUUGGGCUACGAACAUUACCUGAUCUGCAAUUUUAUUGUAACCCUAUACAGAGAUCAGUAAAGUGAGUUUGUACAGUCUGUACAUAUUGGUUAAGCACAUGGAGAACAUCUUCCAAAAACAAAUUCACAAGUCAUCCAAAGCAGCCAAGUUUCCUCUGACAUCUCCAAACAUGCUUGAUUUGCUGUGUGUGUGUAUGUGUAUAUAUAUAUAUAUAUAUAUAUAUAUACGUUACCUUGAGAAAAGCCCAGGUGUGGGCUGAAACAUCGGUUAUGCUCACUGCAAUAAAAUAUUGAGUCUUCAUGAAUUAACAAUUUGAAUACAAGAACUUGGUGAAUAUCAUUUUUGGAGUGCCUAUUCCAUUUGAGUCAUAUGUUAUGGGUAAAGUCAGAUAUUAGAUAAUCCUAGGAUUACCCAGGUAAAACGGAUAUUAACCAAGCGGCUGUGGGUAAAGCCUGAUGUAAGACCAUAAAUCCUGCAUCAAACAUACAUAGCAUGCACUGUAAUUCCCCCAUCUUCACUAUCUUUUUUGCGUCCGCCUGGAGUGUUCAAGGGUGGCAAAGCCCCCUUGUAAACCUAAUUCCCCAAGGUUCACUUGGGAUGGUUGCCAGAGGAUUGGCGGGGCACCCCCCCCCCCCCCCCCCUGCAAAAAAAAAUAGUGUAUCUAGGGGAAUUACAGUACAUCAGACUUUACCCACAGCCGCUUAGGUAAUGUACUAGUAUUACCCGGAUAUCUGACUUUACCCGUAACAUAUAUAUAUACUGUAUAUACAUACACACAGCUAUGGAAAUGAACAGAAAUCUCCUUAACCUUUUGAGUUAUAAACUACUUGACAUAACUUCUGAGCUUCUUUUAGUCAGGAUUUACACACAGUUUUUCAUGCAGUGUGUUCUCCCUACAAUCCUAUAUCAUUCUUCUGCCUGUGUCUGCUCGUGAUUUGUACAAUAACUUUAAUGCAGUUAGUAUUCUGUUUCUGAAUCUUCGGGGCAGCAGCCCCAUGCAUCUAUGGUUGAAAUAAAACAAACCCGGUGUUCGUGAUUUUAUUCUAGAUAUCAAUGUAUUUUAAGCUGGUCUGUGCCACAAGUGUACAGACCUUUCUGCUGAUGCUAGAUAUACAUAUAUACACAUAUAUAUAGAUAUAUACAAGCUCAUUUGUAACUUACAACUGCCAUCAUGUGUAAAAUCUCUUCAUGCUGUUCCUGCUGCUCUUCCAAAUCUUUGUGUUUUACUUAGUUUUUUUUUUGUUUUGUUUUUUUUUUUAAUAUUUAAAUAUAAGAAAAAAAGCGGAAAGUGUCGUAGUUUUAUCAGUGUUAUUUAAGUGGGGAAAACAUAAAAACGCAUCAGAAUUGAAGGAAAAAUGUUAUAAUGUUCCAUAUGAAAUAAGAAUUGUGGAGCUAUUUGAAUGUAUAGUGUAAAUAAUUGUAAAAUCUACACAGAAGAGUUUAAAACAUGUUUGCUUUUUUUCUAUGCACUUUUUUUUAUUUAAGUGAUUAGUUUACUUAUUAAACAUGUCCAGUUUAUUGAUGUAAAAAAAAACAA